UCCAGUGCACAAAUGAGAUGAAUGUGAACAUCCCACAACUGGCAGACAGUUUGUUUGAAAGAACUACGAACAGUAGCUGGGUAGUGGUCUUCAAAUCUCUCAUCACAACCCAUCAUCUAAUGGUGUAUGGAAAUGAGCGUUUUAUCCAGUAUUUGGCGUCCAGAAACACUUUGUUUAAUUUGAGCAAUUUCCUAGACAAAAGCGGAUUGCAAGGGUAUGACAUGUCAACGUUUAUCAGGCGGUAUAGUAGGUACCUGAAUGAAAAGGCAGUCUCCUAUAGACAGGUGGCUUUUGACUUCACAAAAGUAAAAAGAGGGGCUGAUGGAGUGAUGAGAACAAUGAACACAGAAAAACUCCUAAAAACUGUACCAAUUAUACAAAAUCAAAUGGAUGCACUUCUCGAUUUCAAUGUCAAUAGCAAUGAACUUACAAAUGGUGUAAUUAAUGCUGCCUUCAUGCUCCUCUUCAAAGAUGCCAUUAGACUGUUUGCGGCUUAUAACGAAGGAAUUAUUAACCUGUUGGAAAAAUACUUUGAUAUGAAAAAGAACCAGUGUAAAGAAGGCCUUGAUAUAUAUAAGAAGUUCCUCACCAGAAUGACACGGAUCUCAGAGUUCCUCAAAGUUGCAGAGCAAGUUGGAAUCGACAGAGGAGACAUACCAGAUCUUUCCCAGGCACCGAGUAGCCUUCUUGAUGCUCUGGAACAACAUUUAGCUUCUCUUGAAGGAAAGAAAAUCAAAGAUUCCACAGCUGCGAGCAGGGCUACCACCCUUUCCAAUGCAGUCUCUUCCCUUGCAAGCACCGGCCUGUCCCUUACAAAAGUUGAUGAAAGGGAAAAACAAGCUGCGUUGGAGGAAGAGCAGGCUCGUUUAAAAGCUUUAAAGGAACAACGUCUAAAAGAACUCGCAAAGAAACCUCAUACCUCGUUAACAACUGCAGCUUCUCCUGUGUCAACUGCAGCAGGCAGCAUAAUGACUACACCAGCCAUUGAUAUUUUUUCUACUCCAAGCUCUUCAAACAGCACGUCAAAGCUGCCAAAUGAUCUACUUGAUUUGCAGCCAACUUUUCAUCCGUCUGUGCAUCCUAUAACUGCUGCUCCACAAGUAGGAAGUACCUGGGGAGAUCCUUUUUCUGCUACUGUUGAUAGUGUUGAUGAUGCCAUUCCAAACCUAAAUCCUUUCCUUACAAAAACUAACGAUGCUGCUCAUCUGUCUGUGUCUUCUGAUGUAUCUACUUUCACCAGUAGGACACCCACACAUGAAAUGUUUGUUGAUUCUUUUUGUGGUCCUCAAGCUUACCCUAAUGCUUCUCAUUUCUGCAAUGAGCCUUCUUCUGUAGCUGGUCUAUUUGGAGGGUUCACUCCUUCUCCUGUUGCUCAGCCGCAGCCAUCAGCUGGCCUUAAUGUUGACUUUGAAUCUGUGUUUGGAAACAAGUCUUCUAAUGUUGUUCUAGAUUCUGGUGGCUUUGAUGAAUUAGGUGGUCUCCUAAAACCAACAGUGGCCUCUCAAAACCAGAGUCUUCCAGUUGCCAAAGUACCACCUAACAAAUUAGUGUCAGAUGAUCUGGAUUCAUCUUUAGCCAAUCUUGUAGGCAAUUUGGGCAUUGGAAAUGGAACUACUAAAAAUGAUGUAAAUUGGACUCAGCCAGGUGAAAAGAAGCUCACAGGUGGUUCCAACUGGCAACCCAAAAUUGCACCUACAACUGCAUGGAAUGCUCCAACAUUGAAUGGCAUGCAUUUUCCACAAUACGCACCACCUGUAAUGGCAUACCCUGCUACAACACCAACAGGAAUGAUGGGGUACGGGAUGCCAUCACAGAUGGGAGGCAUACCAGUAAUGACACAGCCAACUUUAAUAUACAGUCAGCCAGUCAUGAGACCACCAAACCCUUUUGGCCCUGUACCGGGAGCACAGCUGUCUGCAGCAUCCAGCCCUUCCAGUCAGAGUCCUCACAGAGCCUCAGGAAAGGAUCCUUUUGCAGAGCUCUCUCUCCAGGAUUUCUUGUAGAGCAACUUAGAUUCAGUUUAUGUAACUCUGUUAGAUGGAAGAGAAAGGAACAGUUCCAAAAAGAUGUGCCCAACAGUAAACCCUACUUCCAGGAAAAACUGAACUUCAGUCUUUCAAACGCUCCUCUUCCAUUAAACGAUGCAGUAAAAUGAUGAAGACCAAUGAAGGAACCUGGGACAACUCCGUAGGAAAGCAUCAAUACACAGUACGAAGCCAAGCAUUGUCAUGAAUUAAGACUAGGAUCUGUUUUGUGUCCUAGUGACUCAUGCAUCAAUACUUUCGGCUUCUAAUAAUAUCCAUAAUCAGUAACAUACUAAGAGAAGCCUUUAUUAUGGAAAUUAAAGAUUUGUAUUUGGAAAUGCUGUCUGGAAUGGAGAUGUCCUUUACCGUAACUUAAAAUAAGACUUUGGGGAGGGGAGGGUCAAAUCCUAACUCUUAAUUCUGCAGUUACCUUUUUCUUCAGUCCUCACAAAUGUAGGCACAGCAGUAAUGGAAAUUAACUUUUUUUAAAAAUUAUAUAUUCAGUUUGCAGUAGACAUUCCUUAUGUAUUAUUGUUUGUAUUUAUUUAUGAUUAUCAAUUUAACAUUAAUAUUGUAUCAAAAAACCUCCUUAUGAAAAUGAGUAUGGAUGUAUACAGUAUGUCUGAUUUUUAUCCACAAAGAAUGAAUCUGAUUCAGAAUGCUUUUCAGCUGACAUACAGAGCACUAAAUAUUUUAAAGGUCUGAAUCUAAUGAAUUCUCAGUAUAUAUGGGAAUUAGGGAAGAGCUGUAAAAUGCAUUAAUCCUUAUAGUCAAUUCUGUGCCUAGGAUUUUGCAAGGGAACAGUUAACUGACUAGAAGAAGCACUACAUUUUUAAUUCAGCAUCAGUGCAUUGGGAAGGAACUUUAUUGCUUUGUGCUUGGCAUGUCAUUAUUUUUACAUUUGACAUUAUAAGGCCUUUCCAAAAUGAAUGUGAGGAAUUGCUUUCACUUCAAGACUUUCCUUCUUUUCUGUAAAAACGGAGGUAUUAUGUGGGGGGUGGGGUGGGAGGGGAAGCCUUUUCAUUUGGCUAGUGCCAUGUUUAUGAUCAUGUACCUUUUAAGUAAAAAAAAAAAAAAAAGGGAAGUAGCUUCCUUACAUAUGUCUAGUGGGAAUCUAGUUAAUGAAUUAAAGUAGCACUGUUGAUCGGUGCUUUGUGUAAAUACAUCAUAACUUUUGGGUGGAGAGGGGUCUUCAGAAGGAUAGUCAGUGAUAUGAAAGCAAUUCUGUACAUGAAUUAAGCAUACUUGCUGCAUUGUCUCUGCAGAUUCUAUUUUUGUUUAAAAUAUUAAAAUGUAUGUUAGCAAAAAUGGGUGGAUUUUCAAAUAAAAUGCAGCUUCCACAGAACUUUUGUUACGGUAUGAAAGUCUUAAGGUGCUUCUUUUCUUUUUGCUGCUUAAAAUGUGCACUGAUUGCUUUGUUUACUUAAUAAAAUACCAAAUCUAUUUCA